CGCCCAGAUUCUUACUCAGAUCUCAUCAUCCAGGAACGUCUCGGGACUCUUUUCGGUUCGAAGCUGGCCUUCGUAUAGUAACCAUGUAUCAGUUUAAGAGAGACUUGCCUGCAAUCCGUGCCUGCAUCUUUGACAUGGAUGGCCUGCUCAUCAACUCCGAAGACAUAAUCACUGAAUGUACGAACCGAGUUCUAGCCAAGUAUCAUAGGCCUGCCUUUACACGAUCGAUCCGAGCUCAACUUAUGGGUGUCCCCGACUCGACCAACAGUGAUGUAUUUCAUGAUUGGGCAAAACUACCCAUCCCCCGAGAGCAAUUCGCCCGCGAGUUGCGUGAGCAAAUGCGGCUGCAUUUCCCUUCCUGUACCCCACUACCUGGCUCCGAAAAGCUUUUGUCCAACCUCUGCUGUGCACGGAGUGCUUCCUCGGGGGACGGAAUUAAACUGGCUUUGGCAUCCAGCACCAAAACCCAUACCUACGAACUCAAGAUAUCGAGACCAGAGACGAGGCGGCUGCUGAGCUUUUUCCAGCCUGAAUGUCGGAUUCUGGGCGACGACCCACGAGUGCGCAAGGGUCGGGGAAAGCCAGCGCCCGAUAUUUACUUGGUUGCCUUGCAGUCAUUGAACUCUACGGCGGCGAACGAGGGCGGGAAGGCGAUUUCGCCCGCAGAAUGCUUGGUCUUCGAGGAUAGCCUAGCUGGGGUGGAGGCUGGAAGACGAGCGGGAAUGAGAGUGGUUUGGGUACCGCAUCCAGAUGUGGCGGUCGAGUAUCAAGCGAGGCACAAGGAUGUGCUGGCUGGGAGGUCGGGUAUGUUCCAAAUUGGGGACGAUUGGCAGCUAGGAGAGAUCGAUGAUGGCUGGGCGGAAAGCAUACCCACUUUGGAACACUUCGACUAUGGGAAAUAUGCCAUCGAUAUACCGUCUUGAGCGAGUUUUGUCGCGAUACGUGACUCUCUCAUAGACGAACCGUGGACUGUACUCGCACCGUAGGAUAUAAGAAGUAUAGUUGUGUAUAGUCCAACCCAGUAUCUAUUUG